AAACUUUGCUGAUGUGUAUGGUAUAUGUCUAUAAUCUAUAAGAAUAAUUGUAUUGUUUGUUUCCCAAAGAUAAAUAAAUAAAUAAAAUAAAAUAAAGUAAAAGUAAGAAACCACGUUGUUUCAAGCACGUCAAUAUGUCUGCCAUGCCUAUAGUUUAUACGCAAAAGACUGCUUGGAUGGAUAGUACAAUUUUCGUGGAAUGGUUUAUAGAAACUUAUAUACCCUCUUUAAAAGCCCACCAAUUGGAAAAUGGUAAAAGAGAGAAAACAUUAUUGCUUCUUGAUAACGCCCCAACUCAUCCUUCAUGUGACAUCUUAAUGUAAAAGAUGAGUUUAUAAAAGUCACGUUUCUUCCACCUAACGUGACUUCAUUAUUACAGCCCGUGGAUCAAGGCGUUAUUAAAACUUUCAAACGGUAUUAUAGAAAAUAAUCGUUACGUAAGUUACUGUUAGAAAAAGAAGAGGAUGGAGAAGAAAUCAUAAAAAGAUUGAUUUAAAAGACGCGUCCUAUAUGAUCGGAGCAGCAUGGGACAGUGUAAAAGAAUAGAACUUGAAAAAAGCGUGGAAUACAGUUUUGGGUAUUCUGAAGCGUUUACUUGCUUGAUAUUGCCUUGCGCUGGUUUGAAACACAGGCCGAGAGCGACCAGUAUCAAAUAUCUGUUCUCAAAAAAGUACGUGAUCUAGCCUCUUGCAAGCGGGUUGCUUCGGCAGACGAAGUUUAAAGAUUUUUUUAUGUGAUAAUUGUAAUUAGUAAACACUAGUUUGACUACAAGAUUGUCUGCACUUUUUUUUUUGUUUAUAUCCGAUUUGUCAUUAAAGAUAUUCAUAAAUGUAAAUAAUAUGGUUUUCAUUUACCUGUACAUAAAUUUGUGUGACUGUAUCAUUAUAUGUACAUUAGUUAGAUUAUCCGAAAAUAACGGUUUUCCGAACACCCACGUCCCCUAAUUAGUUCGGAUAUUCGACGCUUACUGUACUUUUUUUUUGUUUGUUUUUCUCGUUUGAUUCCCUCCUUCGAAACUCCACCUAAUGUCAAAGUAUUAUAUCCUAUCCAAAGUUGCCUGGCAGAGAUCGCUUUUAAGCGAUAAGGCGGCCUAUUUAACCUUUUAUAUAUAUAUAUGUUCUUUCCUUUCUUGUUUUCUUCUUCUUCGUUUGUUAAUCUUCCUCAUUUAUAUGUAUUAUAUAAAGUAUAUUGUGCUGUAUUGUAGUAUAUUUUUCACACGCGAGUCACCACAUAGCUACCUAUCCACCGGUGCAAAUAAUACAAUAUCCUUUUGGAGGUCAAGUAAUAUAGUUUAGUUAAAGAUAUAUAUAUACAUACAUAUAUAUUUGGGUACCCUUGCUAAAUUGUUAUUUUGGAAUCCUUCUUACGGUAGUCAAUACCAGAUUCACAAAGUUAUGUGAAAUAAUUUUCACUGUCGUACGUCAAAUGUAGAUCUUAUAAAUAAUCUGUCAGUGUUUGGCAGCAUAGAUGACCCUAAACUGGUAAUUUUAACCCUUAAUAACCUAGAGUUUCAAUUUUGAUACUAAUAUUUUAAACCGAAUAUUCACAUUACUAUUAUGGUGGGUUUCCAUGCUUGCCAAGGCUUGACAAGCGUCUACAAACACAAGCGUGUAAAGAGGGUGUUUGGCUUGGCUUGCGUGAGCUUGUGAACGCUUGUCUCCGAUCCGGUCUAGUGUCGGUUUUUGGACACAGAUCAAAGGGUGCUUGCGGCAAGCGCUUGCGACGCGUUCACACGUUGGCGCGCGCUUAGUAGCCGUUGUGAUCUCACGACGAACGCACGUCUAGUUCUGACUUCAAAAUGAGUGGCUGGUCGAACGAAGAGAGUUUAUCGUUUUUGGAAUAUUACCAGACCGAAAGCUGUAUCUGGAACCCCAAAGAUGUUAACCAUAAAGAUAAAAAGAAAGUUGCAGAUGCUUGGAGUCGUCUUGCCCAGUUAAUGGGGAAGCCAGUAAAGGAAUUAAAAUCCAAAAAAGAAAUAUUGAUGACUACUUUCCGAAAACAUUUAAAAAAAAAAACAGGAUUCUACUCGUUCUGGCGCAGGUAUGUACAGUGUUUAUUAUUUUAAUUAAGUAAGCAAGGUGUGUCUUUGCUCUUAUCACUUGUGUUAUUAAAAGUAGUUUUUAAAUUAUAUCUUUUGUUUUAGGUGCCGAAGACAUAUAUAAACCAACUUGGUUUGCUUACGAAAUGAUGGAGUCUUUUUUACUGCCAGUAUAUACUUGCAUUGAUGGAAUAAAUACCGAAACUCAAUCACAACAAAAUGUUGCAUAUGUACAUGAAGAAACGGAAGAGACAGAGGAUGACCAUACCGAUACGGUCGCUACGCCAUCUCGACCAUCGACAUCUACUAAUAAACGUCGUCGCCCUGUUACUGAAACGGCUGAAAAGCAAAUGGCCACAGCAUUUGAACAACUUACAAAUGAUAUAAGACAAAGGCGAAGUGAAUGUAGACCAGCUCACGAAGACGAUGACUGCGAUUUAUAUGCAAAGCUAUUAGCUAUAAAGCUACGCGAACUGCCAAAUGAUGAACGAAAACUUAUUAUGUACCAAAUAGACGGGUUGUUUAUAAGCAGAAUCAACCAAAGGUCAUACGCACGUCAUACACCAUCCCCUCAAUAUUAUUCUAGACCAUCAUCAAUAGCCACCGCAUAUGCACAACAUACGCCAUCUCCUCAAUUCCAAGACAUUCCGAGUCGGCCAACAUCAGUUAAUACCGUUUAUUCUGAGCCUAUCCCAAAUACUCAAAAAUUUUUUCCAUCCACGCAAACCUCUCAUUCAGAGCCCUUCUCAAACAUAAUAACUGAAAAUCGAUCACGUCCAAUUGCUCCAUCUUCUUCAGAAGCACCUUCGCAACUUAUUAAUAUCAUAUCGGAUCAAAUCAUCCAGCCUGCGCCGCCGGAACCCAACAUUAUAAACGAGGCUUUACUGAAAACUUUCGAAGAUUUUCAGUCAUCGGGAUAGUUCUUAUUUGAAGCUACUUACUUAAUAAUU